GAGGUAAUGACUGAAGAAGACGUCUCGAGAAUGAAGUCGGAGAUUUGGGAGUUCUACAACAAGGAGUAUGAAAGCAGCAAAACAUUUGUCCCCGCCCAUCAGUUGGGGCGUCGGAUAUUUACAAUUCCUGAGGGAUUUGUACCGCAUGCGACGAUUGCCAAGAUAAUGAAGCAGAGACUCGCAGCAGUUGAAGGUCCCCAACAUGAGAAGAGCCUCGACUUCGGUGCUGCUGAGAACCUUGCCUAUGCAACUCUGCUCAGUGACGGGUUUCAUGUUCGGCUGGCAGGCCAAGAUGCACAGCGCGGGACUUUCUCGCACCGACAUGCGGUGCUGCACGACCAGGCAGUGGAGGCGCAACACUGCAUCUUCGACGGUCUGAAGGAUUUGAAUUUGCCGCACUGUAUCACCGUCUGCAACUCACCACUCUCCGAAUAUGCAGCGCUCGGGUACGAGUUUGGGUACUCAAUGGAACAUCCCGACACCGUCGCGAUCUGGGAGGCGCAGUUUGGUGAUUUUUCGAAUGGCGCGCAGAUAAUUAUUGACCAAUUUGUGGUGUCAGCGGAGGUUAAGUGGAAUCGACAGAACGGUUUGGUUAUGCUGCUGCCUCAUGGCUACGACGGGCAAGGUCCCGAGCACUCUUCUGCGCGUAUCGAAAGAUUUUUACAGUUGUGCGACGACCGAGAAGAUGUAAUUCAUGAGGAAAACUGGGAGUUGUCGCGUUCUUCGGUUAUUCAACAGCACAAUAUACAGCUGGGUGCAGAUCUCACAAGCAGUUGCAGCUUUCGUGGCCUGCGUUAUGUGGUAGUUCCAACUGUUCCGGCAAACAUCUUCCAUGUGCUACGCCGCCAAGUCCACCGCGCCUUCCGAAAACCGCUGGUUGUUUUCUCUCCCAAACGGAUGCUUAGACUCCGGCAGGCUAUGAGCUCGUUAGAGGAUAUUAUGGAAGGAACACGAUUUAGAAGAUAUAUUCCCGACGAGUUGAUUGGAGACCCUCUCCGAGUUGAGCGGCUAAUUUUAUGUUGUGGACAGAUUUAUUAUGACCUCCUCUCGGAAAGGGAAAGAAUUCAAAGUGAAAACAAUGACCCAGACAACCCAGGCAAUCGGGUUGCUUUGGCUCGUGUUGAGCAGCUGUCGCCGUUUCCAUUUGAUUUGGCGAUAAGAGACAUUCAGAGAUACCCAAACCUGCGCAGUGUUGUUUGGGCCCAAGAAGAGCCUAUGAACCAAGGGGCUUGGGGCUACACAAGCAAACGCAUAGAGUCCUGCCUGCGGCAUUUGGGACAUCCAAAUAAAAUAGAGCGACCCGUGUAUGUUGGAAGAGAUGUGUCAGCGACAACUGCUGUUGGAGACAAAGGGCUUCAUGACAAGGAGUUGUUGCAGCUGCUGCUCGAUGCCUUCAACUUGGAGUGUACAGACAACUCCUACCUGUCCAAGUACCUUUCCAGAAGGGUACAGGCAGAGCAGCAGCAACAGCAGCAGAAGCAGAAGCGCAAGCAGCAGCGACAGCAGCAACAAGAACAAGAACUGCUUCAGCGACAGGAGUGA